UUCUGUAAUGGCUAUCAACUUGAAGCUGAGCUCGAAGGACGUUAAAAGCAGUCUUAAAAACGCGAUCAACCUACAGUACAUUCCGGCGUCGAUCGGUGGUGACGGGCCGGCUAAUUUGGAGCAAUUUUUUACACCGUACACCGAAACACAACCAGAUGGAACUCUUCGUAAUGCGCUCCGAGGAUAUCCGCUCCAAGGGAAGGUGACGACACUUCCGGAAGGCUAUACGGGUGUAAUGUUGCAGGAAACGAAAAAACCGCACUCGGCCGACGAUGAUCGAACGCUUACGUUUGCGGGAGCUUUUCGGGAAUUCACAUACUGGAACUACGAUCGAAUCCCGUCCCGGAAUGAUCCGCUAGCUAAGGCACUUACUUGGCUACAAUUGUCGGAAAUUUUACAUGACGCUGCGGAUGAAACAGAAGUGAAACAAGAACAGGGGGAUAAAACCAAUAAUGGUCAUUAA